AACUCCUUCCCUACUGGUAUAUUUAAUCUCUCUCAUUCUCAUUUUGAAACAGGGUUUCUUAGUCUCAGAACUAAAAAAUGGAUGCCAAGAUCGGAAAAUUUUUGGAAUCCGUCGGAAAUUUCUUCAGUAAAGAUGACCAAAUUCCAUGGUGCGAUUCUGAUGUUGUUUCUGGACUUGAACGGGAGGUUGCAGAGGCUGAAAAUGCUAGUGAAGAACAGAGAAGUGAAUGUAUUAUGAGGUUAUCAUGGGCCCUUGUUCAUUCUAGGCGUCCUGAGGACGUGCAGCGUGGGAUAGCCAUGGUCGAAGCGUCCCUGGGUAAUACUAACAUCAGUCCGCUGGCAAGGAGAGAGAAAAUCUAUUUGCUCGCUGUAGGGUACUACAGAAGUGGUGAUUUUACGAGAAGUAGGCAACUUGUAGAUCAAUGUCUUGAGAUUGCGCCUGACUGGAGGCAAGCAUUAACCCUGAAGAAAAACAUUGAAGACAAAAUUGCCAGAGAUGGUGUCAUUGGAAUAGGCAUUACUGCAACUGCUGUUGGACUUCUUGUUGGUGGAAUUGCUGCAGCUGUGGCUCGUAAGAAGUGAGAUAAUCUCAAAUCUUGUUUGAGUGCAGUUCAAAACUACAACUAUCUUGACUACUGUCCGUGAAGACGUGAUUUCUGUAUAUGCUUUGUGCACGAUGGUUUGGAUAAAUAAUCUCUCGACAAAAAUAGGGUUUUCACUUUUACUUUUAGAUUUAUAUACAUGUUUUGAGGUAUUGCCAUUAGGCAUUUUUGAUUGUAAUUGGCAAAUUAAAGGUUAUCACUUACCAGAGUAUAAAGAUUGUUGUUGUGGAACCA